UGGUCUGCUCGGGGAACGGAAGCUGAAACCGUAAAUUAGAACGAGCGGCGCCUAGACUCGGUUCUUUACGGUCGGCUUCUACUGGAUCUCGCGAGGAUGCUGGCGCGACUCUCGCGAUAAGUGGGUGAGGGUGGAGAGGAGGGAGAUCCGAGCAGCGGCGGCUAUAGCAAGCUGGCAGCGAGGAAGAAGGCAGCCAUGGAAGAUCUGGGGGAGAACACCACUGUCUUGUCCACCCUGAGGUCCUUAAACAACUUCAUUUCCCAGCGAAUGGAGGGAGGCUCUGGCCUGGAUAUAUCUACCUCUGCCCCAAGUUCCCUGCAAAUGCAGUACCAGCAGAGCAUGCAGUUGGAGGAAAGAGCCGAGCAGAUUCGCUCAAAGUCCUACCUCAUCCAGGUGGAGCGAGAGAAGAUGCAAAUGGAGUUGAGUCACAAGCGGGCACGUGUGGAGCUGGAGAAGGCAGCCAGCACCAGUGCCAGGAACUAUGAGCGUGAGGUUGACCGUAACCAAGAGCUCCUGGCACACAUCCGGCAGCUUCAGGAGCGGGAGGCUGAGGCAGAGGAGAAGAUGCGGGAGCAGCUGGAGCGCCACAGGCUUUGCAAGCAGAGCCUAGACACUGCCAGCCAGCAGCUGCGGGAGCAGGAGGACAGUCUGGCCACAGCUAGCGAGACGAUCAGCACAUUGAAGGGACGAGUCUCAGAGUUGCAGUGGAGCUUGAUGGACCAGGAAGUGCAGGUGAAACGGCUGGCGUCUGAGAAGCAGGAGCUCCAGGAGCAGCUCGACCUGCAGCACAGAAAAUGGCAGGAAGCAAAUCAGAAAAUUCAGGAGCUCCAGGCCAGCCAAGAAGCUAGAGCAGACCAGGAACAGAAGAUUAAGGACCUGGAGCAGAAACUGUGCCUGCAAGAGCAGGAUGCCGCUGUCGUAAGGAGCAUGAAGUCUGAGCUGCUGAGGCUGCCCAGGGUGGAGCGGGAGCUGAAGCAGCUGCGGGAGGAGAAUACGUACCUGCGGGAGAUGAGGGACACCAACGGGCUGCUCACAGAGGAGCUAGAAGGGCUGCAGCGGCGGCUGGGCCGGCAGGAGAAGAUACAGGAAGCUCUGAUUGGGCUGGAGCUGGAGAAGGAGAGGCUGCUGGCAAAGCUGCAAUGCUGGGAGACGCUGGACCAGACCACAGGUUUGAAACUCAGGAACCCGGAAGAUCUUUCCAGAUUCAUUGUUGAGCUGCAGCAGCGAGAGCUGGCCCUGAAGGAGAAGAAUAAUGCCAUCACCAGCAGUGCCCGGGUGCUGGAGAAGGCCCAACAGCAGCUGCAGGAGGAGGUGCGGCAGAUGAGCGGCCAGCUCCUGGAGGAGAGGAAAAAGCGCGAGAACCACGAGGCGCUGGCCCGCAGGCUGCAGAAGCGUGUCCUGCUGCUAACCAAGGAGCGGGACGGCAUGCGCGCCAUCCUGGGGUCCUAUGACAGCGAGCUUACGCAGGCUGAGUACUCGCCCCAGCUGACACGCCGCAUGCGGGAAGCGGAGGACAUGGUGCAGAAGGUGCAUGCCCACAGCUCAGAGAUGGAGGCUCAGCUGUCACAGGCCUUGGAGGAGCUGGGAUGCCAGAAGCAGAGAGCUGACAUGCUGGAGAUGGAGCUAAAAAUACUGAAGUCUCAGCCGCACUCUUCUGAGCCAAGCUUCCCGUUCUGCAGAGAGGAGGUGGACACGCUCAGGUUGAAGGUUGAGGAGCUGGAGGCGGAGCGGAACCGCCUGGAGCAAGAAAAGAACAUGCUGGAGAUGCAGCUGGAGCGGUGCACUCUGCAGGGCGACUAUGACCAGAGCAGAACCAAAGUGCUGCACAUGAGCCUCAACCCCACCAGCCUGGCCAAGCAGCGCCUACGUGAGGAGCGAGACCGGCUACAGGAGGAGUGCGAGCGGCUACGAGGGCUUGUGCAUGCUCUGGAGAGAGGAGGCCCCGUCCCCACUGACCUGGAGGCCACCGCUGGCCUGCCCUCGUCCAAGGAGGUGGCAGAGCUUCGGAAGCAGGUGGAAAGUGCCGAGCUGAAGAACCAGCGGCUCAAGGAAGUGUUCCAGACCAAGAUCCAGGAGUUCCGAAAGGUCUGCUACACUCUGACGGGCUACCAGAUCGACAUCACCGCUGAAAGCCAGUACCGGCUGACCUCCCAGUAUGCUGAGCACAAGAACGACUGCCUCAUCUUCAAGGGUGGUGGUCCCACAUGCGCGUCAGCCAACUAGAAAUCUCAAGUGACAAAAGUUUGUCCAUCACUGACCUGGGGAUGAUGCUGUGGUCCCAGUGCAGCGUGUGGCUGUCAGGAAGGGCUGAGCCAGCAGUAUCUGCGGGAGGUCAGGAUCACCACGGUGUGGCCAGGCCAUCUGAACCACCACAGCCAGCUGCUCUGCCCAUCUCUGUGUUCAGGAGCGAACUUUUUAUCCUGAAGCUGUCCUCUGUGUGCCCUAAGUAUUUCGAGUGGAAAUCUGAAUAUAAAGUGUUGUUCCUAUGUUUGCCUCGUUCAGGCCAGCAACUUGCUCAGCUCACCCUCAUGCAUCUAUCAGUCGUCAUACUGUGCAGUGCUCCACCUCUGUGACCAGAGCCAUGCCUCAGGCUCAGUCCCACUGUCUCCUCAUUUCACAGCUCACCUCCCAGAUUUCCUAGACAUCUCAGGUCACAUUUGUACAUUUUUAUGCAUCUUGAAACUCACCAACCUCUUGAGUAAAUAA